AUGGUCUCAGAUGAAUCGAACGAGUCCUACUUCACGGAUGACGAAGCGACGAUGAACAUGUCCUUCCAAACUGCGAUGAAGGAAGCUGACCGCGCUGAAGGUAUGACACGAUUCAAGGACAUACCAGAGCACCUCAUUGAACGGACACAAACUGGAAAGGUCAUCAAUGUACGACCGCCGUCACCGAACAGCCCCACGUCAACUUUGAGGAGACGCGUCAGCGAAUUGGAAAACGAACUGGAAGUUAACGAACGACAGGCGGACAAGCGGAAACAGGAAUACCGAGAAAGACUGACCACACUUGAAACCCGCCUGUUUGAUCUGCAACAACAACAGGGUGACCUUCAAAGUGCCGCAGAUGUCAGUGACCUUAACGAGAGUAUGUCCGAAGAAACAGCGGAAAGGUCACGACACUUAGCCGAACUGAAAUACGAAUGUGACUCACUGAAACUAAAGGUCACUGAAGCGGAAGCUAAGAGAGACGAAUACGCGGCCAAACUCAUUGACGCGACUCAACGGUUGUUGACAGAUACCAACGAGGUGCUUAAGCUCAGAAACGAAUUGAAGCUGCGCGACGAGAGUAUCGGAACCCUCCAGAAGGAAUCACAGGAUCAUCAGAGAAGAGCCGACGACGCCGUCAAAGUGGCUAAGGACCUGCGUGAACUCACAGCCACCGAAGGCGCACGGUUGAGCAACGAAAUCAGACAGGUCAUGGAAGAGAACCAAGCGUUGAAGGAGGAUAACAGAAAGGUCACCGAGGAGAAUACCGAGCUGAAAGGAGCCACUAAGACAUCUGCCGAACAGGGCAGGAGGUGGAAACAUGAGGCACACCUCUUGGAUGAAAAGGUCACGGUGCUCGAACUGAAAGAUAAAGAAUGGCAACAAACGGUCCAUCAGAAGUCACAAGAGAUCAUCAGACUCAACACGGAGCUGAUCGAUAUGACCCAAACGGUAAUGACGAGGGAAGAUGAGGUCACCCACACAAAGAACCAGCUGAAAGCGGCAGCUGAAGAAUAUACGAAAUUGGAAAGAGAUGUUACCCAGUUGGCGGAACACAUCAGGAGGGUGGAAAAUGAUACGGAGAAGGUGAUCCAGGAGAAAACAAUUCAACUCCACCAGAACAUGUUAAAGGUCAACCAAGAAAACCAGAAUCUGAAGAACGAGAAAGAGCAAUCUGACUUAAAAAUCAGGCGCCUCGAAGAUGAGAAUAAGGCGCUUGUUAUGUCUAAUAAGCACAAAGAUGAACAGCUUCUGCAAUAUGGACCAGCGCAGUCAAAGGACCGGCGAAGACCUGGUUCGAAGGAGAGAGAGAAAUCGCACUCCAAGAAGAAACGGAAUACACCAUUACAGAAUGGAUGGCCAAGUUUAAAGAUGAAUAUGGAGACCGUGACGAGGAAGUUCUUGGCUUACGAGAAGCUAUGGCAAGGAAAUUUGACCUUGGAAAAGAAUCGCUUGAUCAGUUUUAUCAAGCGAUUAUGA